AAACAUAUCUGUGUGGAAAUAAAAUACACUGAAGAUCUCAAAGCUCCUAUGUAUGUUUUAACAAUUGCAAUCUAUGCACCUCAGAAUAAAACAAGGCGUCUAGCUCAUUAAAAAAAAGUGUAGGCCCCAGGGAUCCUAUUCCUGAUCCUGGGACACACACAGUGUUUUAAGGGUUCUGCUCCAGCCAGGAUCUUAACCACUGGAUAUACAUUCUAGAAAUGUGAAUAAUUAAAGAGAUUUGUAAUCCAUUUGAACCCUGAACCAAUUUCUAACUUCCAAAACUUAUUUGAACCCACUGGACCUCGGCACAAGGAAAGUGGUGGUAAUGUGUGAUAUAUUGUCAUUCCCCUCUGCGUCAGUUCAUCAUAAAUUGAUCACCUAUUAAGAGCCGUCACGUCAGAAAUGAGGGUUCGAAAGCUGAAUAAGGAGGACUUGAAGUUGUGUACCCAGAGGUUCCUGGAAACAGUACACUGGAAGAAGAUUUUCUUUUAAUCUCGGGGGGGCGAAUUUGGAAACAAGCUCCCCGAAAGUCUAAACCGGCACGCAGAUCAAUUAAAGCUGUCAAUUAGCAUUAGUGAUGCAGAGCUCGGCUGGAGCAAAAAAAAAAAAAGCUGUGGACAAGCAGUUCCUCCAGGACUGGGGAUGGAAACCCCCACUUAUAAAACGCUUCCCCACAGACCUUCUGCCUGGGGGCUAAAAACCUCAGAUUGCUCAACUCCCUGUUGCUUGUUCCAUGAGCUCAGCCCUGUCGGCCCCACCUUCACUUCCCCAUAGUCUCAGCCUUACAGUUGCAGAAGUGGGCUGAAGCCAUUCAGAGGCGCCCUCGGCACGAUGUUCCUCCGCAAGCCCGGCACAGAUGGACUAAAUGUACUCUGUUCUCCGAAGCUGUGCCUGAAGCUGAGCCGCGUAUUUAAAUUCCCUGCAUCCCCGGACUGCUCUCCCCCCGUCUCCUGUAUACAGAAUAAAUAACGUCCCACAAAGAGCAGUAUGGAGGUUUAGCAAGUGGCUGUUCCACUGUGGUGGAGGGAUGUGGAGUCUCUUAAGUUUCCAGGUUGGCACUGCCAAGUAGGCCAACUUCCAGUUCUUUACAAACUGGGCACAGAACAGGCCCAUUGGUCUGCGCUAAAGGCCUACUGGGGGAAGAAAACGCAAGAGCAACUUCUUUUGUCGGGUUUUCCUGCACUUUUAUAUGCUUGUUUUUCUCAUGUUCUCAAAGGAGCCCUUUAGCUCGCUGAAGUCAUCUUUAUUUAUUCAGCUCACCCGCUUAUUAAAGUCCAUCGAGCACCACAAGAAAGCACUUCAGGGGGAUUCAAGAGCUUUCGAAGGCAUGGCGGACGGGUGACGGUAAAGGAACGGAAACGCUUCGUAACCCAACAAUUUUAAUAUUUUCGCCAGUGUAAAGGAGAAGAGGAACUAACCCCGGACACUUCAGCGUGAAGUUCCUGUGAGGUAUCCGGAGCGGUCUUCUUAAAAAAAAAACACGACAGGUUUUCCGUUAGUGACAUGAAGAGAACUCACAGUGAAAACCCUCCAAGACCGACGGCAGGUUGCUUGUCUGUACCAUUGUUUAAUCAAAAGAAACGAAACAGACUACCUUUGACAUCAAAUCCUUCAGAGGAUGAAUUCUACUCCAGAAAUGAAUAUUCAUCUUCACCGGGCUUUCCAUCUCCCUCUUUGUCAUCAGGUAAUGCAGGGUUCUCCCAGGUACAAGCACAGAGCAACUUAAUGUCCACAGCCCAGAACACCCAGUGGACCAAGCAAGGAUGUCAGAACACAGGUCCAAAUGUAAGCUCCAGAGGAAGAGGCUAUGCACCAUUGCCACAUCCUGGCAAGACUGGAUCAAAAAUGGGACAGCAGGACUUUAGUUCAGUACCCUGGCGAGAUCCUGGCAUGCCUGUGAAUAUGAAGCAAAAUAGCUUUCCCAGCAGCAGUGGAAACAUUCAGAGCCAAAUGGCUACUGUUGACUCCCACCAAAAAUCCGGUUUCCAGUCAUUUAACAGACAGUCCAAUCUUUCUGAGUCCUUCCAUCAAAAAGAGUUGCAAAGACAAAAAUCUAGCCAAUCGCAAGCAUCUCAGCGUGGAGCUCUAGGAUUACAGAACCCCACCUGGCAAUUUAAAGCAGCUACCCACUCCACCAAGUUAAAAAGAGACAGUCUGGAUAUAGGCCCUCCCAAUACCUUUGAUGAAUUUCAGAAUACGCCAGCGCUCCAGACUAGACCUAUAGAAGAAAAAUCUCUGCGAAUUCUGACAACAGUUGCUGAAGGCAUGAAGCACUGGAGUCAGUACAGCGACAAAGCUGCUCUUUUAUUUGAGGUUUUCGCUACUCUUGACUCUCCUGUCACAACUGGACCUUAUGGUUCAAAGAACUUUCUUUUAAGAGACGGGAAGGAUAUCGUGCAGUGUGUUUUUUAUGAAACUGACCGUGAACUUCCAAGAUUAAUCAGAGGUCAAGUUCAAAGAUGUGUUGGAAACUAUGAUAAAAGCAGAAACCUUUUAAAAUGUGUUUCGGUAAGACCAGCCACACAAGCAGAACAGAAAAACUGUCUUGAGUCUGUUAAAGCUUCAGAUGCUGAAAUGAGACAAUUUGUAAAAAUGCUUAGAGAAAUUUAACAACUUCACCACACAGUUAUUUGAUUUGAUUAGAUUCAUCCAUAGUCAUUUGAUUUCUUCGAAACAAGAACAAAAAAUGUAAAUGUUUAUAGAACAGUACAUGCAUUCCAAAAGUACUUAUUCAUUAAACAGUUCCCUGUUUGAUUAUACAGUUAAAUGUAAUAUCUCACAUCAAUAGUUUGUUUUCUCUAAGUAACAAUUCUUGUUAAGUAGGAAUUUCUCCACAGAUGAUAAUUAAAAUGAUGUUGAAUGUCAGUAUUUGUACUUACUGUAUAUAUUUAAAAACAGUUAUGUAUUAAGCUUUAUGUUUUGUAAGCUUAUGUCUUUGUAGUUAAACUUCUUCAGAGUACCAAUGAAUGCAGUUUUCAAAACAACCAUAGUGUUAAAUAUGCAAGUUAUUUUAGGACAAAUUUAAAUAAAUCAAAGUAAUUACUGAUACUGUGAUUGCUUUUUGUUGAAAUGUUUAAAAUUGUUAUUUAA